AUGACGGCUCAACCACAGAUCACCUCUGCAACUUUCGAAAACACCCACUCCCUCCUCGCCAUCGGCCACGCUAAACCCCGCCUCUCAUGGCGCUUCGCCGCCGGAUCCCCCUCCGUCAAAAACUGGAAGCAGCGCGCAUAUGAGCUCGAAAUACGCCGAGGACAGGGCGAGGGAGCAGCAGAGUCAUACUCCGUCGAGAGCAGGGAAUCUGUGCUGGUGCCCUGGCCGAGCGCGGCGCUGCAAUCACGCGAUGUCGUACAAGUCAGAGUCAAGGCGUUUGGAGGCGAGAGCAAGGAAGGGACGGAGUGGUCGGCGUGGGUUACGGGUGAAGCGGGGCUGUUGAAUCAGAGCGACUGGAUAGCGAAACUCAUUACUAAUCCUGAUGUUGAUGAGGGUCCGUUGAGGCCUGUGUUGUUCAGGAAGGCGUUUUCGCUGGGGAGUGAGAAGGGGAAGGUUGUUAAGGCGCGGCUAUAUACUACUGCGUGCGGUGUGUAUGAGGCGUAUAUCAAUGGGAAGAGAAUUGGGAAUGAGGCGAUGACGCCGGGGUGGACGAGUUAUAAGCAUAGGCAUCAUUAUCAGGUGUUUGAUGUGUCUGAGAGUCUGAAGGCGGAUGGGGACAAUGUCAUUGGUGUUGAAGUGGGUGAGGGAUGGUAUGCUGGCCGCUUGGGUUUUCAUGGGGGUCAGCGUUUCAUUUACGGGAGAGAACUGGCAUCACUUGUGCAGCUCGAGGUCGAGUUUGCUGAUUCAAGUGAACGUUUUACGUUGAUCUCGAACGAAUCGUGGAUGUGCGGGAAGAGCCCGAGGAUUCGGAGUGAGAUUUAUGACGGCGAAGUUUAUGAUAUGAGGGAGGAGCAAGAGGGAUGGAAUGAAAUCAUUAUUACCCCUGAUGGCGCCACCUGGGAAGGAGUCAAAGUUCUCCCUCCCCUCUCUACAAAACUCUUGGCACCGGAUGCGCCGCCCGUUACGGUCACAGAAGAGGUCAACCCAGUCGAUAUUAUCAAGACAAAGUCCGGGAAAACAGUCAUUGAUUUUGGGCAGAACCUGGUAGGCAAGCUUCGUGUCAGCUCCGUCCGACUCCCCGCGGGUCAGAAGAUCUCAUUUACACAUGUCGAAGUGCUCGAGAAUGGCGAAAUCGGCACACGUCCGCUUCGAGGAGCAGUCUGCGUUGAUACUAUUGUCUUUUCUGAAAAGGAGCUCCGCGGCUGGUCGCCGAAAUUCACAUUCCACGGCUUCCAGUACGUGCAGGUUGAAGGGUGGCCAGCAACUGCGGAUGCUGAACUCCCUUAUAAGUCUGACUUUACUGCGCUAGUCAUGCAUACAAACAUGGAGAGGACUCGCUGGUUCAAUUGUUCCGACACCCUUGUUAAUAAGCUCCAUGAGAAUGUUGUUUGGGGUAUGCGUGGUAACUUUUUGUCGAUCCCGACGGAUUGCCCGCAGCGGGAUGAACGUCUGGGAUGGACGGGCGAUAUUCAGGUAUUCUGCCCCUCAGCAAAUUUCCUCUACAAUACUGCAGGUAUGUUGAGCAACUGGCUUGAAGAUGUUUCAGAAGAGCAGUUUAAGGACGAGGAGAAUAUGAUUCCUGGUAUUGUUGUCCCAAAUAUCCUCCGCGAUAUCUGGCCCAAGGGUGGGCAAGCGGUCUGGCAUGACGUGGUCGUAUUGACGCCCUGGGACUUAUACAACCCCUUUGGCGAUAUAGAGAUCCUACGUAGACAGUAUGAGAGUAUGAGAGGCUGGGUAGACAAAGGAGUUGCUCGCGAUCCAGAUGGUCUUUGGGACCCAUUGGCCAGACAGCUCGGCGACUGGCUCGACCCCGCAGCCCCUCCCGAUGAGCCAUCCAUGGGCCGAACCGACGGCGUAUUAGUCGCAGACGCCUAUCUCGUUCGCGUCACAUCGACACUUGCGCAGAUCAGCGCCAUCCUCAACCACCCCGAAGACGUAGAACGCUACUCUACUGAUGCAGUAAAACUCAAAGCCCUCUUCCAGAGCAAAUACAUCACUCCUCUCGGUCUCCUCGUGAGCGACACCCAAACUGCCCUUUCUAUUGCUCUCGCGUUUAAUCUCCAUGAACAACCACCACAGGCUGAAGCAGCUGCAGAGCGCCUCUCCCGCCUUGUCCGCACUUCCCGCUUCCGCAUCUCCACCGGCUUCGCGGGCACUCCACUCGUCACGCACGCAUUGACUCGCUCAGGACAGAGCCAGCUCGCUUAUCGCAUGCUGCUGGAGAAGAAGUGUCCCUCGUGGCUAUAUCCCGUCACGAUGGGCGCCACGACAACAUGGGAGCGCUGGGACAGCAUGCUCCCAGACGGGUCGAUCAACCCGGGGUCUAUGACAAGCUUCAACCACUACGCCCUCGGCUCGGUGAUUAACUGGCUACACACAACUGCUGGUGGGAUUAGCCCCUUAGCGCCGGGAUGGAAGGAGAUAAUGGUCAGGCCUGUGCCCGGGGGGUCGCUGACGUCGGCUGAGGUCAGGUAUGAGAGCCCGUAUGGACGGAUUGAGUGUAGUUGGACGUUGGAGGGGACGAAGUUCACGAUGAAACUUGAGGUCCCGCCGAAUACUACGGCGGUUGUUAUCCUGCCCGACCAUGUGCAUGGAGCGGUUGGGGAUGGUCAGGGGCAGGUUGUUGGUUCGGGGACACAUGAGUUCUCGUGUGUGUUUGAGAUGGGGCCUUGGCCGGAGGAGAUUUUUGAUCCGUUUAGGGCGGAUUAG